CGAAGUACCAGAUUGCUUUACGGGAAAAGACUGCUAUAAUUUACUCUGGAACUGCCCUGCUUUAGACUUUUUCAUGGUUAUUAAUUUGUACAAAGAAUCGCAAACUGAUACAGCGGGAAUCAAACUGGCAAAUCAGGCUGCCGAGACAACUGUGUAAUUCGCUGGAAAAGGAAACGGAGAACCUCUCCUGCGUAUGGGGAUUUAAGUGUGUUUCUUGGUUCUAUCUAAGUGAAUUGAAGGAAUUUCAACAACAACAACAAAAAAAGCAAAAAAACAACCUUAUGAUUGAAGAACACUAUGGGAGGAUGGGAGGAGUUCUUACUCGGACGAGGACAAUGUAUAUAAAAAUAUGCAAGAAUCAAAGGAAACCCCCAUAUCCAGUCACCUAGAUGAAAUUGUUGCAGCUGUCAGCAUAACGCCUAGAAAGAAGAUCCAAAACAAGCUGCCGCAGACAGCGCUAUUCCAGCCUCCUCGAGAGAAACUCCACCUCUGUGAAGAGAAAGCAAAGUCCUACUCUAGCAAUCACGAAUAUAAAGAGGCUGUCCAUGAGCUGGUGCGCUGCAUAGCGCUGACAAGAAUUUGCUACGGCGCCUCCCACUGGAAACUAGCGGAGGCACACAUUAGUCUGGCUCAGGGCUACCUCCAGCUGGAAGGACUGUCGCUGCAAGCAAAGCAACAUGCAGAAAAAGCCAAAGAAAUCCUCACCAACUCCAUUGUGCCUCCCUAUAACGACAAUACAGAUGUUUUCAAGUGUUCGAUUGAACUGUUCCAUACCAUGGGGAGAGCCUUACUCUCCCUUCAUAAAUUUAAGGAAGCUUCAGAGAAUUUGUCAAAGGCAGAGCAACUUGCAAAGGAGCUGCUGCAGUGUGGAAGGAUUAUAAAGGAGGAAUGGAUAGAAAUUCAAGCACGGAUCAAAUUGUCAUCUGCACAGAUAUAUCAAAGUCAGAAGAAACCAAAAGAAGCUCUGCCCCACUACCAAGAGGCUUUAGAAUAUACUGAGAUCAGUAGAGGUGAAAAAAGUUUUGAGUGUGUACCAAUAUUGAGGGAAUUAGCAGGUGUUGAGCAAGCCCUGGGACUUCACGACGCAUCUAUCAACCAUUUUCUACAGGCGCAUCUCAUCGUGCUGAGCAGAGGCCCCUCCCAAGAGGAGGCAGCAGUCUCCGCACAUUUUGUCGCCCACGCUGCCAUCGCUUCUGGGAGGACCGAACACCACGAUGUGGCCGAGAAGUAUUUUCAAGAGAGCAUGGCUAAUCUUAAGGAUGCUGAAGGGACGGGAAAAGCCAAAUUUCUUUCAAUUCAAGAUGAUUAUUGCCAUUUUCUACAAGUCACUGGACAAAAAGAGAGAGCAUCCUCAAUCCUGAGAGAGUCCCUGGAAGCCAAAGUGGACAUGUUUGGUGAUCUCAGUCCCGAGGUGGCGGAGACCUACCGGCUGUUGGGUGGGGCCGACCUGGCUCAGGGGAACCACAGUGGGGCCCACAAGAAACUGAAGAAGUGUCUUCAGAUUCAGACGCUCUUGUACGGACUACAGGACAAGAGGACUCUGGCCACCCAGCAGACGGUGGACGUCCUGUCCAAGACCCCAGAGGUGGCCGUGAAGUCUAGGCAGGCCCCGAAAGCCAAACCAGCCUUCUACACCGGCGUGGCCCCGCACACUGUGCUGGGGAAGGCCCGGCCCAACGCGGCGGACUGAGCACCGCCCCCCCGCCCCCCCAGAGAGAGCUUUAGUCACGCCUGGGCGCCGACACUGAGGGUCCCCUAUCAGCCUCUCCAACAAGAAGAUGGAAUCCGACAGCCGGUCAGGGUUUGCUGUUUGCAGACUUCCCGUGGGCCACGUUUGGACGGUGGAUACCCUCCAGGGUGAUCUGGUGCUUCUAUAAAGAAUUUUUCUUUUUUGCCGCCCAAGUGGUUUUUCUCGCCAACAAAAACUUGUACCCAUCAGCACCGCUGGGGUUGCAAGGCUUCUCUUCAGAAGUUUACGACUUCCUGUGUGUGAAUACAGUGUACAGUAUCUGGACAGAGAGAGCCCCUGGCAUAGAUCUGGAGUCAGAUUUGGAGCAAUACAAUUCUGGAAAAAGCCCUUUCUUAUAGGAAGAUAACAGGGAUUGAGAAUAAAAUGCUAAUGAGAGGAAACUUGGGA